UGUGGUCCUGAGUAGUGGCGUACUUUAUCUCUUUUGUGAAAAUUAUUUUAAUGUGCGGUAGGUAAAAUGACUUCUCCAAAUUCUCUAGAUUUGCAGCUAAACAAAUAUUGCAAUGAACUAACCAGUGAAGACAAAAAACAGCGCAAAAGAGCUUUGGAAAAUAUAAAGAAAGAAGUCCUUUCGGCUGGAGUUGAUGUUUCUGUUUCUUAUUUAUACAAUAACAUCCAUAAACACAUCAUUAGAUGUUUCAAAGACAAUUCUGAAGCCGUAAGAGAAUCUGCAGUUCUAUUCGUAACGGAUGUUGUAACAUUAUUACCAGCUAAAGAGGAAUAUAUAAACUCUAUAAUGCCCAUGAUUGCAGAGAGGUUAAGUGGAGACAUAGUGUUGGAGAACUCUGAGGAAGUAAGACUUUGUUUAGUGUUGUUAAUGCAGCAAGUAGUAUCCAAAUACACUGAUAAUUUGUUUGAAUAUAUAAAUGAUUUCAUAAAUAUAUUGUCUAAGACAAUAGUUGACCCCUAUCCCAAGGUAAAGAAGGAAAGUUGUGACUGUGCGGCUGAAUUAGCAAAAUCUACACCACAAUAUUUUCAUAUGCAGUCUGAAUCUCUCAUAAUUCCGUUAACCCAAACACUAACUCAUCAGCAGUAUCGAAUUAGAGUUUCUGGUAUCAAAGCGAUUGGGGCGGUGGUGCGCUGGGGAAACAACAAGUCUUUGAACGACGUGUGUGGACCGUUGGCAGAGCGACUGUUUGACCAACACCACGCUGUGAGGGCUGCCGUGGCAGAUGUAGUGGGAACUUGGCUACUGGAGUUGCCGGACAGAUACUCAUACUUCCAUAAACUCAUCCCUCUAAUGUUGACAAGUCUGUCAGAAGAGAUUACAGAACAGCGUAGCAAAGCAGAAGAGCUUUGGAGCAAAGUGGGAAUUCAGUUUGUGCAGGAAAAUGAAAAUGACCUUAAGGACAAAAUAGACUAUUUGCAAGAAACUUUAGCCCAUUAUCCACCAAACGUGUGUCGGCCUAACCUCGGAUGCCGCACUCUGGUACAGAGAGAGUUAUCCAGAUAUCUACCUGCUGUGGUGGCCGAACUGGACGACUGGAAGGCUGAUGUCAGAGUCAAGUCUGCGCAGCUACUGUGUGUCACUGUGCAACACGCAGAGGCCAACAUUACGCAGCACUUGGAGAAAACAUUGCCUGCAUUGUACAGAGCCUGUGGAGACGCGGAUGCUCGAGUGGUUGACAAUAUUGAGAGGGCUGCAGAGAUGCUGGGAUAUUUUGUCCCCACCGACGUCUACUGGCGUCUGAUGAAGCCCAGUGUGCAGGAGUGUACAGGGCCAGGGCCUGUGUGUGUGUUGGCAGCAGUGAUCAGGAGUUCUCCCAGAAAAGCAGUACAACCUCAGUUGGUAGACCUGGCUAAUAUCUUGGCAACUGACAAUGUUUGCCAUAGCAGACAGGCUAUGUACCAGAAGCAGUUGAUGAAUGCUGUACGUUCUAUACUCAUUGUGUCUCGAGAAGACGUGGCAGUCAUCAGGCAACAGCUGUUCACGGUGUUGGUCUCGGUUCUUGGAUUAGCUGUUGAAUCGCACAUCACUACCCAAGCUAAAGAGCUUUUGCAAGAGUUGGCGUCGCUCUGUAGUGUUGAACUUCAAGACCUCUAUGAUAAACAUUCCGCUACUCUGUUGGAAGAAAUAUCAGCCUCUGUGAAAGACUGGUCACCUCUGACUCCACAACGCUUCAUCUUUGAGGCUGUUCUCACUCAUGCUGGUGCAGCAGUUGGAGACAACAUGGAAGUGGUGUUGUCAGUGCUGAGUACUUGUCUGUUGCCACAGUCAGACCCAGAGGCUACUCUACAGAUGUUGAUGGCUGUCUCAUACAUCCUCACUGACACCGGGACCACCCUCGCCAGAGUCAGUGACUUAGACACUGUCCUACACCGUACGUGCACAGAAGUACUUCAGCCACUGCUUGUAUGGAGAGCAGGGAGGUCGGCGGAAGCAUUACGGACAGCUGCGACUGGCUGUGUAGUGGCAGCUCUGCAACUGCGACCGUGUACACCACAGCUAUCAGAGCAGUUGGUACCCCUGCUGCUAGGGCUUGUAGAAGACUCAGCCUUCAGGACGAGACAGUUGGCAACACUGGCCGUGCUCCAUGUUGUACAAGCUUUGAGGAAUAGUGAUGCACUCGCUGCUAAAGAUGUGAUAACAAUAUACCCAGUGGUAUUGAAACGUCUUGACGACAACAAUGAUGAGGUGCGAAAGACAGCUGUUUGCACUCUCUGUGUCUUGUUUGAGUCACCUCUUCCCCUCGACUAUCAAUCACACCUGGAGUAUCUUUAUGAUACAAUGUUGUUGCACCUAGACGAUCCCAACCCCGACUUUCAGACCGUGAUGCUCGAUGCAAUGAAAAAGAUUUCAUCGUUACAACCAUCUUUGUUGAAGAGCAGGAUCAAGGUUGAUAAUUUUCGAAGCAAAUCCAAAUGUGAAGAACUUAUUCAAUUUUUAAACCAACUACAUGUGUGAAUUAUAAUUCUUUGUAUUUAUGUUUUCUUUGUUACACUUUUAUAAAUAAAAUAGACUUAAUAACUA